CUGAGAGGCGGGUCUAAAAGCUCGAGAGGACUUUCCUUCUCUUUCGCCGCCCGCGACGGUGGACGUUGCUGUUCGCGGAUGGUUUAACUAUUUAUCCGUAAAAGGUCGAGCCGUCUUAGAGCUGGCAUGACUGUACCGCUCACCGGGCUGGGUUGGACUUCGUCUAAUGUGCCGGUUGCUGGCUGGAUUCCGAUCACAACAACUGUGGAAGGAGCACCUGCUAACUUUGGAAAAGGAUUUGCACAAAAAUAUGGAUAUUACCUCUGCUUUACUGUAUCUGUAGAUGCUUUGAAUCCAACUGGGGAUGUAUUAUAUGAUGUGGUAAUCCUGAGUGAGAAAUCACCACUACCUUCUGGAUAUAUGUAUAUUAAAGAGUUUCUGGAUCUAAAAACCUCAGUCUCUAAGAAGAAGAGGCUGUGUAUCAAGCUGAUACCAAUGGGAGUGGCAGAAACAGCUGUGUGUGAUGUCAUGCUAAGUAGCAAGAGCAAAGUGAUCCCAAAUUACAUACGCAUUGGGGAAAUAAGUGGUUUUGCCCUUUGGUGUAAAAAGGAACACAUAAACAAGCCUAAACCCCUUCCCAAACCAAGGAGCAUCAGUCUAGAAAUGAACCAGCUUUCAUUAGAAACAGCAAAUGUAGACUCUCUAUCUAUUGGUUCCAAAAGGCAAACUACCAUUAAGAAAAAUGAAUCUAUAUAUGAUACGUCAAAUGCCUAUGGUAUUUCAGCCAUAGAUGGGGUCCCUUUUACUCUGCAUCCUAAGUUUGAGAACAAUGUCACUCGUGGUGCCACUGCACUUUCUAUAUUUAAAAACUUCCACAUCAAAUCUCUUGCUGAUAUUGAGAAAGAGUAUGACUACAGUUUUGUAGUUGAAAGAACUGCAGCUGCGAGACUCCCACCCACCAUUUCAUAGCAUCCAUUAUUUCCUUGAGAGUUCUUGCCACUAGGGGCUUACGGGUGGUCAAGCUGACUCAAUUAAGCUGAUGGAAGUGCCUGCCUCAAAGGGAUUGUGCUGUUGGGGGGACACUGCUUUACAAGCUGAAACUGGUAUAAUCCUGCUAUUAUAAUUUGCUAUAGGUACGAGUAGCACUACUUUUGUACAGUUUUUCCAAACAUCAUAUCUACUUUCUUUGAAAAAAAAUGUUUAAAAAAUAAGAGGCUUACUCUACCAGAAAAGUUAUCUCUGUACUUAUUUCUGACUCUUUCAAACAAUCUGAAACAUGUAUUCCUGCCAAUAAAGUAUGUUUAUGAAAAAUGAAA